UCUCUCCUCCUCCCCUGCUUCCUCCAUGUCUAUUAACUGACUUUUAUAUCAUAAAAUCUUGUUUUUCUUUAGCUAUGAAAGUAGCGUUUUUAGUUUACUAUAUUUCGCCUAAUUUAUCAAUGAAAUUUAACUCACAAUUUCCUAUGUUAAAGAAACAAACUUUACAUAUAUCAAAAGCAUAAUUGAAUUGGGUUGACCAUUUAGUUUAUAUAUUUAAUUUGGGGAUUGUUCAAAAUCAUGAUUUGAUAUGAAAUCACAGUAGAAUUUGGUUGUUAAUCACCAUUUGUUUCUGCUUAAUAUGAUCAUUUACUGAAACAUUUGGGGAUUUUAAUAGAUGUUUCUGAAGCUGGUAUUUUAAGAGUGCGAUGCUGGUGUUUCCAAAUUUACUUGAUUUAAUUGGCUGUUCCAGAAGAAAAUGCAGGAAAAUUGAGAAUUUGAAGAAAAAUAUUAUUAUGGAGUUUUUAUGUGGUUUCAAACUUGAACUAUAUGAUGAUUGCUGCAAAGAAAAUCGAAAAGAAAGGCCAACCUCCCAAUAGUGUCUUUAGAGAAAUUCGUCUGAAGUAUUUUGGUGCUUCCCCUCAUUUUUUUUAAUAAGCAUCGGAAGUUUGUGACGUUAGGCUUUGUUCUCUGCACCUUAUUUCGCUUUUUUUAGGUAAAGUAAGUUUAGAUGGGUGAAUUUCAAGGCCAAUAAGUUCAUAUAAGUUCAAAGAUGAUAAGUUAACAUAAGUUCAAACUAGUCUAGAUUAGUUUAUUAUAAGUGAAAAUUGGGUGAAGAGAAACAUCUGUAGUUGGAGAUGUUUUUCUACAUCAGAGAAUCCCUUCUUGGCACCACUUAUUUAUACAUAUAUAUGAGUUUCUGCCUGUAACUCUCUUGAGUUGCUGUACAGUAAUUUGGGAACCUCGAGUGUUUCUUUGCAUCAGCGGACAUUUUCAGAUGAAUAGUCUAAUCAGUCAUUGAAGAAUUAGCUCAUGUUCAGUUGUGUUGUGGAUAGUGGGUGCUCUAAAUUAGGUGAUUCAUAUGGUAUAAGGAAGCUUCGCUAUUGAUCCAAUCCGCUAAACUUGCUGGUUAUAUUACGUCCAUUUGCACCGGUGCUUGAGUUAUAGACUUAUAGUACAUGCUUGCAGUUGCAGUUGCAGUUGUUAGUUGUAGUUACGAGCCCUAUUAUACUUUUGGUAGUUCCUAUCCGCCUAAACAAUCAGAUGACUUUUAUGAGACAUGGUCAGUGUUUAGGUAAUUAGAUGAUCUACUGCUUUUUGGCUCUUUAUUACACAUACAUAUUAAUUUGGGAAUUAGUUUGGUCAAUUGUGAUUGUAGAUCGGGAAAUUUUGUUUACUCAAACCUCAUUACUGUUUCGACUUUGAUGUCUGUGGCUAACAAAACUCUAUCAGCUGCUUGCUGUAGUUCUGAGACAUGCAGAUGGACCUAAGUGAUUUUAACAAGGUCUGGGAAGUUAAGCCUCUCAAGAUGACCGGUGAAAAUGAGGCUCGGAAAAUUCUGGACAACGUAGCGAAACAGGUGCAGCCAAUCAUGCAUAAGCAUAAAUGGAAAGUUCAGGUCCUAUCUGAAUUCUGUCCAUCUAAUCCAUCCCUCAUGGGAUUGAACAUAGGAGGCGGCUCUGAGAUUAAGAUAAGAUUGAGGAGACCAGAAAGACAGUGGGAUUUCUUUCCCUAUGAGCAGAUUCUCGAUACUAUGCUGCAUGAAUUGUGCCACAACCAGCAUGGUCCGCAUAAUGCUGAUUUCUACAAACUCUUGGAUGAACUUAGACUGGAGUGUGAAGAAUUAAUGGCUAAAGGAAUUACAGGCACUGGGAGAGGAUUUGAUGUACCAGGAAGACGUUUAGGUGGGUUCUCACAGCCGGCACCUUUGCCGCUGCUCCGCCAAAGUGCAUUGGCUGCUGCUGAAAGAAGAGCACAGCGUGGAACUUUGAUGCCAGCAGGGCCUAGGUACAUAGGUGGUGAUGGUAGUAUCAAGACUGCUCUAAGCCCAACUCAAGCUGCUGCGAUGGCUGCAGAAAGAAGACUCCAUGAUGAUGUAUGGUGUGGGUCCCAAACCUUAGGAACCCAUGGAGAAAGAGCAAACAACAAUGCAUCCUCCUCAAUGGACUCUCGAAUGCCCAUUUCGAGUGUACAAUUUCAGCCACCUCAUGGGAAAAUAGAAAGUCAGGACACAUGGCAAUGCUCUAUCUGUACUUUGAUCAAUAAGCCACUAGCUCUUGCAUGUGAAGCAUGCCAAACGCUAAGAAGCAAGGAAGUUGAGUCGACGUUCAGAAACUGGUCCUGUAAAUUUUGUACCCUGAUCAAUGACAGCGGACUAGAAAAAUGUUCAGCUUGUGGGGAAUGGAGAUAUUCAUAUGGCCCUCCUGCUAGCGGUUAUACACCUCAUGUUGGCACUUGAUAUGAGGGCUCUGAUUCUUGCAGGAAAGUUAAUACAUUAUACAUGUAGUACAAAAUACUAUCCGUUGUACAGAACCAAUUUGUAACACUACAAAAAUUAGGGCAGGCAAUCUUUAACCCGAUUAGAUUAUCCGGCCAGAAACCUGAAUUUCACCCACUUAUCGUAUUUUGUAAUAAUAUAGCAUUUCUCAUUGAAUUUCAUAUAUUAUAUGAGCACGUACUGGAACCAA